CCAUUUGUUUAUUUUUGUUUUUAUUUCCAUUUCUCUAGGAGGUGGGUCAAAAAGGAUCUUGCUGUGAUGUAUGUCAUAGAGUGUUCUGCCUAUGUUUUCCUCUAAGAGUUUGAUAGUGUCUGGCCUUACAUGUAGGUCUUUAACCCAUUUGGAGUUUAUUUUUGUGUGUGGUGUUAGGGAGUGUUCUAAUUUCAUUCUUUUACAUGUAGCUGUCCACUGUUCCCAGCACCACUUAUUGAAGGGGCUGUCUUUCCUCCAUUGUAUAUUCUUGCCUCCUUUAUCAAAGAUAAGGUGACCAUAGGUGCGUGGGUUUAUCUCUGGGCUUUCUAUCCUGUUCCAUUGAUCUAUAUUUCUGUGUUUGAGCCAGUACCAUACUGUCUUUUUUUAAAAAAUAAAUUUAUUUAUUUGUUUAUAUUUUUGGCUGCGUUGGGUCUUCGUUGCUGCGCGCAGGCUUUCUCUAGUUGCGGUGAGCGGGGGCUACUCUUCGUUGCGGUGCGCGGCCUCUCAUUGUCGUGGCUUCUCUUGUUGCGGAGCACGGGCUUUAGGCGCGCAGGCUUCAGUAGUUGUGGCACGUGGGCUCAAGAGUUGUGGCUCAUGGGCUCUAGAGCACAGGCUCAGUAGCUGUGGCGCACGGGCUUAGUUGUUCCGUGACAUGUGGGAUCUUCCCGGGCCAGGGUUCGAACCCGUGUCCCCUGCAUUGGCAGGCGGAUUCUUAACCACUGUGCCACCAGGGAAGCCCUACCAUACUGUCUUGAUGACUGUAGCUUUGUAGUAAGUAUAGUCUGAAGUCCAGUACCCUGAUUCCUCCAGCUCCAUUUUUCUUUCUCAAGAUUGCUUUGGCUAUUCGGGGUCUUUUGUGUUUCUAUACAAAUGGUGAAAUUUUUGUUCUAGUUCUGUGAUAAAUGCCAUUGGUAGUUUGAUAGGGGUUGCAUUGAAUCUGUAGAUUGUUUUGGGUAGUAUAGUCAUUUUCACAAUGUUGAUUCUUCCAAUCCAAGAACAUGGUAUCUCUCCAUCUGCUGGUAUCACCUUUGAUUUCUUUCAUCAUUGCUUUAGAGUUUUCUGAGUACAGGUGUUUUGUCUCCUUAGGCAGGUUAUUCCUAGGUAUUUUAUUCUUUUUGUUGCAAUGGUAAAUGGGAGCGUUUCCUUAAUUUCUCUUCAGAUUUUUUUGUCAUUAGUGUAUAAGAAUGCCAGAGAUUUCUGUGCAUUAAUUUUGUAUCCUGCUACUUUACCAAAUUCAUUGAUUAGCUCUAGUAGUUUUCUGGUAGCGUCUUUAGGAUUCUCUAUGUAUAGUAUCAUGUCAUCUGCAAACAGUGACAGCUUUACUUCUUCUUUUCCGAUUUGGAUUCCUUUUAUUUCUUUUUCUUCUCUGAUUGCUGUGGCUAAAACUUCCAAAACUAUGUUGAAUAAGAGUGGUGAGAGUGGGCAACUUUGUCUUGUUCUUGAUCUUAGAGGAAAUGGUUUCAGUAAAACUGACUUCUCUUUUAUUCAAAGUUCUGAAAGCAGCCAGAUUCAUUGGAGGCAGUUUUUCCUGUAGUCACAUCUGCCCGACUUUAUUGAAUUUUCUUUUGUUAAUGAAUCGUGAGGGUUGAGUUAAAUGUUAAAUAUUGGUGUUUAUAGAAGGAACAUGCAUGUUUGCUUUUGCCUUUGUUUGUAAUAAAAUUCAUUUAGUUGUAAGUUUGUUCCAUGGAAAGGUCGAUACUGGCUGUGUUUAAUGCUGCCUCAAGCAUUUCCUGGCAGUUUUGGCUCUGCUAAGGGCUUCAAGGCCAGUCCUCACAUUCCCUUGGUGUCCAGCCUUUGCCAGUCCACCCUUUGCACGCCUCCCCAAAUACACAUCAGCAGCCAGCCCUUUUCUCCCAUGCACUCGGCCCCGCGGGCUCCGUUCCCUCUUCGCUUUGUAACUGCAGCCUCUCCGGCUGUCCUGAUCCUCUUGGGCUGUGCUGACCACAUUCUUACAACUAAUACUUUCUUGGUUGACAAGCUGUUUCCUUGAUACCCUUUGAUCCAAUAAUUCCACUUUUGGAAAAUUUCUCUAACAUAACAACCAUAGAUUACACAAAGAUAUACAUAGAAAAUAGGUACAGAACAUACAAAAAAUGUGUCUCUGCAACCUUCUUUAUAACAAAAUUGAAAACCACUAGUGAUGGACAGUAGGGACCGGGCCAGUACACGACGGAUGGCGCACGCGCAGCCGGCGUGCUCCAGGCCUCGGGGCGCCUGCAGUCACAAACGGAAAAAAGAGCAGGAAUGAAAUGUGCCAACACAUUCACAGCUUUUACAUCCCCGAGAUGGUGGGUGAUUUUUGUUUUCUUCCUUAUGGUUUUCUGUAUUUUUCAAAUGUUCCACAACGAAACUUUUUUUUAUAAUUAGACAAACCUGAUUAAAACAAUCUUUUCUGACCAUGCAAAGAUUACAGAGAUGGGAACAUAAGAACUGAAACUACUAUCUACAAGGACAUAACCAAGUAGCAGCAAGGUGAUUAUUUGGGUUCCAUGAAUCAGAGGAGCCACUGGCUGGCCAGGGGUCCCUAGGACUCCUUGUGCUUUCCUUUGACAGCCCGUCUUCCUGGAACGACAGCCAGGGCUGGCCUGUCCCUUGCAGCCCGGAAGACAUGAUUUUGCAAUUGCAUUGGGCAUCUCUGUGAAGAACCCCUUCUCCGGAGACUCCUGGGGAGGGGGUGGCAUUGUGAGAACUGAAGAGUGGGACAACAGUGGUCUUGUAAGGGCCACUUCCUCAGCACCUCUCUUAGGCUCGGUGUGUGUUGGCCUUUUCUCUGUGGUGAGUCGUUGCUGCCUUGAGGACAGAGACCCUGUCCUCUGAGCCUUCUUGCUCUUCCGGACUCUCCCACCUGAACCCAUCUGUUGACUGACUCCUGUCGGCAGAAGGGCGUCAAGGUCUCCCUCCCACCUUGACAUGUUGGAUGAUCCGAGCAGAUGCUCGGUCAUUGCCAAGGGGGCUCCCCGUGAUCUUCUCACACCAGCUCUGGCCUCAGUGCUGCUUGAAGGAGGAGGACGGCCGAAGGGGAUCUAGGGCGAGGCUCCCCGGCCCUCGGGGCGUGGCACCAUGCGGGUGCAGGGCUGAGAAGUGGGGUUCACCUGGGAAUGAGGGCGCCCAGGGGUAAGCAGGGCCUCAGCGGGUCCUCACGGGGACACGUCAUGUCUCUGCCGCAGGUGAACGGGAAGGAGCUCUCCAAGCUGUCUCAGGAGCAGACCCUGGAGGCCCUGCGUGCCUCCAAGGAGCCCCUGGUGAUCCAGGUGCUGAGACGCAGUCCCCGCCUCCGGGGGGAUGGCUCCUCCCUGGACCUGCAGCUGGUGGACAGUGGCACUCAGACGGACAUCACCUUCGAGCAUAUCAUGGCGCUGGGCAAGCUGCGCGCACCCACCCCGCCCAUGGUCACCCUGGAGCCGUACGUCCCGUCUGAGCUCCCCCCCAUCGGCCACGAGUAUUAUGACCCGGCGGAGUUCGUGGAGGGCGGCCCGCAGGAGGCAGACCAUAUGGAAGAGCUGGAGUAUGAGGAGGUGGAGCUGUAUAAAACCAGCCACCGCGACAAGCUGGGCCUGAUGGUCUGUUACCGCACGGAUGACGAGGAGGACCUGGGCAUCUACGUUGGAGAGGUGAAUCCCAACAGCAUCGCAGCCAAAGACGGCCGCAUCCGCGAGGGAGACCGCAUCAUCCAGAUAAAUGGUGUGGACGUCCAGAACCGGGAAGAGGCAGUGGCCAUCCUGAGCCAGGAGGAGAAUACCAACAUCUCCCUGCUGGUGGCCCGGCCCGAGAGCCAGACGCAAGUGGGGCCACUGUCUGCGGAGGUCCUUCGGGCGGCGGGCACAGCACGGGCCUGUGUGCAGCUGGCGAAGCGCUGGAAGGACAGUGACCGCGACGACUUCCUGGAUGAUUUGGGCUCUGAGAACGAGGGGCACCUGCGGCCGCGGAGGCUGACGUCCCCGCCCGCCCAGCAGCUCCAGCUUGGAAACGAAGAGGAGAAAGGGGCCCCUGAUGCGGGCCCAGGCUUGAGCAACAGCCAGGAGCUGGACAGCGGGGUGGGCCGGACGGAUGAGAGCACGCGCAACGAGGAGAGCUCCGAGCACGACCUGCUGGGGGACGAGCCCCUGAGUACCGCCAACACGCCCGGGCCCCUGCGCAAGUUUGGCCUGCAAGGGGACGCCCUGCAGAGCCGCGACUUCCACUUCAGCACGGACUCCCUGCCGGCCGAGGGCGCGGGGCCGGGCGGCGGCGGCGACGUGCCGGGCCUCACGGAUGAGGAGUGCGAGCGCUACCGCGAGCUGCUGGAGAUCAAGCGCCACCUGGAGAACGGCAACCCCCUGGGCCUGCUCCUGCCCCGGGCCGCCGGCGGCCACGGCGCCCUGGAUGUCAACCGCAACGAGAGCGUGGGCCACGAGGUGGCCGUGCUGGAGGAGGAGCUGCGGCACCUGGAGUUCAAGUGCCGCAACAUCCUGCGGGCGCAGAAGAUGCAACAGCUGCGGGAGCGCUGCAUGAAGGCCUGGCUGCUGGAGGAGGAGAGCCUCUACGACCUGGGCGCCGGCGAGCCCAAGAAGCACGAGCUGUCUGACAUCUCCGAGCUGCCCGAGAAGUCGGACAAGGACAGCACCAGCGCCUACAACACGGGUGAGAGCUGCCGCAGCACUCCGCUGCUGGCGGAGCCCCUGCCCGAGAGCCCCCUGAGGCGGGCGGCCGCCGGGGGCAACUCCAACCUGAACCGGACCCCCUCCGGGGCCCCUGUCGCCGCCCACCCCAAGGCUGCCCCUCCGCAGGGGAGUCCCGCCAAGUUCCGAUCCCUCUCCCGGGAUCCCGAGCUGGGCCGGAGACAGCAGUCGGAGGAGCGGGGCCGCCGCGGCCCCAAGGCGGGGGUGACCCUGGAGCGCAUGGGCCCCGAAGGCAGCCCUUACCUGUCGCGGCGCCACCGCGGCCAGGGCCAGGACGGCGAGCAGUACCACAGCUGCACGCAGCUGGCCCCGCCGCGCCGUCUGGAAGAGCUGGGCCACGGCCCCUUGAGUUUGGCCGGCGGCCCUCGGGGGGGUGGCGUGGCGGCGGCGGCCACCGAAGCGCCCCGCAUGGAGUGGAAGGUCAAGGUGCGCAGCGACGGGACCCGCUACGUGGCCAAGCGACCAGUGCGGGACCGCCUCCUGAAAGCCCGGGCCCUGCAGAUCCGGGAGGAGCGCAGCGGCAUGACCACGGACGACGACGCGGCGAGCGAGAUGAAGAUGGGCCGCUACUGGAGCAAGGAGGAGCGGAAGCGGCACCUGAGCCGGGCCCGGGAGCAGCGCAAGCGGCGCGAGUUCAUGAUGCAGAGCCGCCUGGAGGGCCUGAGGGAGCCGCAGAGCGGCGACGGCAGGGCCGAGCUCAGCAUCAUCGCCCUGAGCCACCGCAAAGCCACGAAGAAGCGGAACAAGAAGAUCCUGGACAACUGGAUCACCAUCCAGGAGAUGCUGGCCCACGGCACGCGCUCAGCCGACGGGAAGCGGGUCUACAACCCCCUGCUCUCUGUCACCACUGUCUGAGCCCAGCUGCGCUCCAGGGCACGGGGCCUCCGCCCGGGCCCAGGUCCACUGAGCCUGCCGGGGCCCCGUCUUCUGCUCUCCCCUAGAAGCUGGCGUGUGUCUGUGUGUGCGCGUGGCCCUUCGUUACCAGACAGAAGCCCCUGAAGGAGGAGGGACGCUUCUCUCCAUCGGUGACUUCCUUCUCCCCAGGUACAGCGACCCCAUCAACAGCUGGCCUGGGGGCAGACCCGUACCGGUCCCCCCUUCAGCCGGGGGCGUGUGUGUGUGUGUGUGUGUGUGUGUGUGUGUGUGUGUGAGAGACACGAGCCGAGACACAUGUACGCACGCAGACACACGCACUUCCCUCCGGAGCGCUGUCAGCGCGGGCACCUGGGGACAGGGAAGUCAGCUGAAAAGAAGAGGCGAAGACUGUCCUAAGCACAAGAGGAUGUCCGUUACCUGUAGACAAAGGCGACCCUGAUUUUUGUGGUUCUUUUCCUUUUCUGUGCUUUGCCAAUUGCUGUCUUUUGGGUUCGUUUGUUUUGUGGACCUGCUCUGAGGGCUGGCAGCUCCUUCAGGCAGCCUGACAGAGGCGGAAUCCCCGAGUGAUAGCUGGGAAGGAGGCGGGUGGGGGGAAGCAAGGGAGGGGAAUGGGGGGUGGGGAGGGGAGGGGAGGGGGGUAAUGAAGGCAAGAAUGGGAAGCAGCUUUGCAGGUGGCCUCCGCUCUGAGGUGUGGGGACUGGGAGCUUCCGAUGUGGCUUGCCGGGCUCACCUUG